AUGUUUCCGUUGACCCGCGCUUGUGCGCGUUCAGCUCUGCCUCGGGUGCAACCAACCCACAGCAGGCCACUACAUGCUGCACUUAGCACCGCUGCCACCCAGUCCCGAGAGCUGCCUGCCAGUUCUCCCGUCGCUGAGAGGCCGGUGAGAACCGCAGGCUUGGCAGGCUUCAGGCUCUACUGGAAGCUAGCCAAGGGCAAGCUGACCUUGUGGGUGUCUCUGUCGGCUCUGCCAGGAUACUUCCUGGCACUGCCUGGCACGAUCGAGCCAUCAAUUGCAGCUGCGUUGUUCGUUGGAACGUUUCUGACUUCUUCCUCGGCCCAGACUAUGAACCAGAUGAUCGAGGUGGACCGCGAUGCAAGAAUGAAACGCACCGCAAUGAGACCACUUCCAUCGGGACAGCUGAGCUCCGAAGAAGCAGCACGCUUUGCUGCAGGAGCUGGAGCUGUGGGUCUUGGGAUGCUAGGAGUUGGCACUACGGGACCCACAGCUGCAGUGGCUGCAGCUACAAUGGUGACAUAUGCUGCGCUGUACACGCCACUGAAGGUUCGAAGCCCCUACAAUACGCACGUUGGCGCCAUUAGCGGGUCCCUGCCAACUCUCAUGGGCUUCACAGCAGCUUUGGGCACUGGCUUGUGCGUUUCACCCUGGCUGCCACAUGCGGCCUGGCUCUUCGGGAUGCAAACCUUGUGGCAAAUGCCGCAUUUCUAUUCGCUUGCCUGGUUACACAGAAGUGAUUAUCUGCAAGGAGGCUACAAGAUGUUCCCGCUGUCUGAUACUACAGGCGCGGAAACGGCAGCAAUGUCCAAACCAUACUUGGUGGCACUAUGCAUUUUGCCUUGGGCCAUGUCGGCCAGCGGUGCUGCUUCAUGGAUGCUGCCGGUUGGAGCUGCAUUGCCGAGUUUUUUCUGGUGGCACACUCUCAAAGACUUCGAAAGAAGGCCAAGUGCAACCACCUGCAGACGCUUCUUUCUGGGCUCUCUAUCCUACUUGAUUUCGAUGCUGGCGCUAUUCACUGCUUGCGCUCGGGCAUCAGAAGACAGCAGUGUCGCUGACAAAGCGCAGGAUGAAAAUGUGGAUCAUGUGGAGCGGACCUUUCUGGAGCCGGCGUGGAGAGCACACAUGCGAUCCUACCUGUUGAGCGCCUGCCCCCAUGAGCAGGUGUGCCGUGAUCUUCUCCACACUUGCGGGCAGACCGGAGGAUGCCCGCUGGCGAAGAGACAACAUGGAUCUUCUGCAGCUUGA